AUGUUGGCCUUAUUUGGUAUCUUCAUUCAAGAAUUCACUCUUCCAACGUACAAAAUCCAAAAAAUUACAUGCGAGACUACUGAUGAGUUUACUUUAACACCAAAAGACACUACCCAAAGUGGUGUAUUUUAUAGUUUAUUGGGUAAUAUUCAAAAGACUGGCGAGACUGAUUCAAACUUUAUGUACGCAGUUUCAAGUGGUCAAAAAUUAUCUUUCACAGGUCAAGGAAAUUUUGAAAUUGCAUUUAUUCCAGUAAAUCUUCUGGAACAUCCAGGUUAUUGCAUUAUCUCAGAUCUUCAACCAGGUGAUUAUAAUCAUUACAAACAGAUUCCGAUUUAA